AUGGGCGUGAGCUUGCUGGAGGAGCCCAGCACCGGGCAGGUGUUCGCGUACGAGUCGGAGGGGGAGGAUUCCGACACCGAGGACAACAUCAUCAAGCCGGGGGACCACGUGCUGCUCACGGCCAGCACCGAGGAGGACGAGCACUCGGCUCUCGAGGUCCAGGUGUACUCGGAGGAAACAGGCAACCUGUACGUGCACCACGACAUCGCCCUGCCGUCGCUGCCCCUCUGCCUCGCCUGGAUGGACAUGCCGCCGAGGACGGCGGCGAUGUCUAGGGUGUCCGGGAGUGCCGACGAGGGUCACACUGUCGGGAGCUACUGUGCGGUGGGCACCUUCGAACCGGGGAUCGAGAUCUGGAACCUUGACGUGUUGGACCCUUUAGAGCCGACGGCGACGCUAGGCGGGUUCAAGGAAAAGGACAAGAAGCCCGGGAAAAAGCCCAGAAAACGGCAGACCAUCCCCGGGAGCCACACCGACGCGGUCCUGGCGCUGAGCUGGAACAGGGAGCACAGACACGUGCUAGCGAGCGGUUCGGGGGAUAACACCGUCAAGGUGUGGGACGUAACGACGCAGCAGUGCUCGGCCACGCUCACGCACCACUCUGACAAGGUGCAGGGGGUGGCCUGGCACCCCGUCGAAGCGACGGUCAUGGCCACCGUGGGUUAUGACCGGGUGCUCGCGCUGCUGGACGCGCGUGCGCCGACGAAGGUGACGAGACACACGAUACAGGCGGACCCGGAGUGCUUGUUGUGGAAUCCCCACAACCCGGCUCAGAUUUUGACGGGAUCGGAGGACGGCGUGGUCUGCUGUCGCGACGUCCGCCGGCCGGAGAGCCCGGUGUAUUCCUUCACCGCUCACGAGAAGGGGGUCAGUGCCGUCUCCUUCACGCCCCUGGUGCCAGGCAUGCUUGCCACGUGCUCCGAGGACAAGACCGUCAAGGUCUGGGACGUGGACGCGGAGGUCCCUCUCCAGGUGGCUUCGAAGGCGAUGGCGGUGGGGCGGUUGUUCUCUCUCCAGUACGACGCCUCGACGGCGUUCCUCCUGGCCACCGCAGGCAGCAAGGGUCACGUGGCUCUCUGGCACUCAGACGAGGACGAGGCAAUCUCGGCCAGGUUUUCCGGCAGAGUGGUGAGCGAAGGUGCGGCAGGGUCGGGUUCACCAGCGGCAGCAAGUCCAGCGGCAGGGGCAGCGCCGACGGCAGCACCGGCAGAGGGAGGUGCCCUCGGAGGCUUUUUGGCAGGGGCCGGGGCCGGGGAGUUGCAGGAGGGGUUGGGGGAACCGGGCGCGGCGGGGAUCGGGGGCGGUGGCGGUGGUGCGGCAGGAGGAGCGGAAGGGGCGGGAGACGCGAAGAAAAAGAAGAAGAAAAAGAAGAGCAAGAAGAAAUGAUUCUGCUGCUGCUGCUGCUGCCCUUGGAGAAGAAAGGAAGAAAUGAGUGAUGUUUGAAGCUGCCGCUUGCCCUUGAGGGGAAGGGAGGGAGAGCGCCGCACACCUGCCGUUUCUCCUGGUUGGCCGGGGUGUGAAUGACUCUCACACGCGGGUGGGGAUAGGUUGCAUACCGCAUGGUGCACCGCGGCUGUGGAAUGUCUUGUCUCCUGUUCUUCUUCGCGGCUCCUCUUGUAACAUUUGUGGUGGCGUGACCGUCCUUGAUGUGGUGCACGCAGAGCAGGCUGUAGCGUCGGCGAAUCGAGAUACAACAGUAAAACGUUCGGAGAGAGGGUGGGAUGACUGACGUAGCGAGGCAUGAUGAUGCUUGUUCGCACAAGAGAGGCCGGCGGCGACGCGCACAUUCUAUUUUGUUGUGAACGUCUUCGCUUGCGAAGGCCAGGUUUGUGUGCGGACGUGUGCAGUCUAUACGCUCCGUUUUUUCUUCGUCGGGUUCUUCUGUCUUUGCCCUUUUCUUCACGCUUCUCUUUCUCUCUCUUCCUCUCUCUUCCUGUACUAGACAGUGCCAACAGUCGGUUGUCCCCAUUGAUCACCACGCAUCAGGAAAGACGGGGCAAAUGUAGUUGAUAGCCGAUGCACCGCAACCAGUUAGUUUUCUGCAUAUCGCAAGGUACGUACGGUGGAGUGGUUG